AUGACACAAGUACAAACGUCUGUCGAGGCUGGACCCAGUAAGAUACAACGCAAAUCUCUAUCUCUUUCAAUAGACUUUAGUUGUCCUAUCAACCUACCACCCAAAGCACCCACGGGACACACAUGGGUCAAUCCGCACGCAGGACCAUGUAUUGCUCCUCACGAAAGCUUGGAAAUCUAUGUUCGAAGACGUUAUCUCGAAACUUUAUACUUACCAGAGAUCCUCUCUCCUCUUACUGGGUUCGUAUAUGACCUCCUAAGAGUCAACACCACCGACGUGACACCAGAACGACACCCUUUGGUCGAUUUGAUACGACCGUUGCUGCUCUCUCUGAGUCAGAUAGAAUAUCGACAUAGAAAAUUGCUCGCUCCUCUCUUACCCUCCUUCCUCGCUGGGGCCGUACCUAUCAACCGCGUGGAAAGUAUACAAGAUUCCGAUAUCAAAACCACAACCAUCGAUCAUACGGAAAGUCUUCAAACGGAGUCUAAGCCGAGAGCAUCCAGCGGAAUACAGAAAGACGAAAUGGAGAUCAUGGAAAGCUGUAUCAAUCUCCGUCUAAAUAGCCGAUCAUGUGUAGAAGGCAACCUUACUUAUUCAGCCAAGAAACUAGGAGAAGAAUUCGAAAGAAGAGAAACCUUAUUACAGAUAAUCCUGCUCCUACUCUAUAUCCCACAUCAUAUCCCUCCCAUCAAAAAGAAAAGGAAAAGAGAUAAAGAUAGAGAAAGAGAUCGUGAUGUUUCACGUUCUGAUAUGUCUACCGAUGAUCCAAACAUGUUGCUCGAAGUGUUCAUGGAUCGUCUCAGUGUUUGGUUGGCAGUUGCCGAGUUAGGCAUUGGUCUUUCCGAAGAACCCAUCUCGACUAAAGGUAAGAUCACCGAUAAAGAGAAUAAAUUUCAAAUUACGGUGAAGAAUUUCUGGAAUGAUAUUUUACUUCCUACAUUCAUACCUCAACUCCCUGAACAAUGUUCUUCUUUUCAUCUGAAAAUCUUUGGUACUCCUAUACCCUCCAAACUUCUUCCUCAACUUACCAAAAAACGAAAACCUAAAUUUCCCCCUCCCCCUCCAUCUUCAGAUUCCGGAACCAACACCACCCGUAUUUCCAUCCCUCGACCUGUUCAUCGAGGAUCUUCAAAAGCCCCAUCCGAAUCGUCUUCCCGACUAUCUCCUCCUAGAGAAACAAGAGAACUCCAACGUUCUGUCUCCCGUGCAUCAGAGAGAAUUGAGAAGAUUGAUGAUCCUCGAUCCAGAAGUCGAUCCGUUGAUCUCAAAGAUCAACCUCUUACGAACAAAAAAUCCCUAGUCAGAGCGCCGAGUGGGAAAGAUAUGUUCAAAGGGAGAGAAAUGAUAAGACGGACUAGUUCUAUAGUUAGGAGAAAGAUGGAGAGUGUUGAUAGUCAAAGUAGAUUAGGACUUCUAGGAAGAAAACCGAUCAUUGAAGGAGGUAAAGAGAAAAAGAUGGGAGAUGAAAUGAUGAAGAAAGAAAAAGAUAAGACGAUUAUAUUUGCUACACCUUCGAAACCCAGGAUGAUCAAAAAACAUCCUAGUAAUUGGAACCCUACACCUAUACAAGAAGAACCUUCGACAGAGAGGAAAGAUAGAACUUCGUUCGUUGUGGAAACACCAGUGAAUGGGAAUAGAAUAUCUGAUAUUCCUCUAUCUGGUUUGACGUCGGUGGAUGAAGAUGAUGAUGGGAGUUUGGAAAGUGAAGGGGAGGAAGUUGGACUUAUGAUACCGGAAACACCUGCGAGAUGA